UAUUCUCUCCAAUUCAAUGAGUUGUUUCACAGUAACUGGUCUCAUAAACACAAAACACAUUACUCUAAUGAUCAUUUCUCUAAAAUGACAAAUCUACAGGAAUUUCUCUACAUUUGGUCAACCAAAUGCCACGAGCAGCCUAAAUAAAGGUCAUAAAUAAAGGAUUUUAAAUAAAGGAAAGUUGUUCACCUUAUAUGGUGAUUUGUGGGCAUUUCUUUAUGCAAAUGAGUCUUCAGAGCAGUAUCAGAGUAAAGCAGGGGUUCCCAAACUUUUCCAGGGCAAGGCCCCCCAAAUGGCGUUAACAUUUGACCGAGGCCCCCCUUUUGCAAGAUGUCUUUAAAACACAUUAAAAAUACAGACUUCUGAAUAUAUCCCCCUUUUUUAUUAAUAAUUUCUUCUUACAUCUUCACAUUACAAUACAUUAGGAAUUGAUUGUGUGUGUGUGUGUGUGUGUGUGUGUGUGUGUGUGUGUGUGUGGUUGUUUGAGAGUGAGAAUUUAUUUUUCACACCAAAUUGUUGAGGCCCCCCGGGCGCCCCCUGGUGGCCCCCACUUUGAAAACCACUGGAGUAAAGCACGUGCUCACUGGCGCUUCUUAUACACAAAUGUAGAACUUUGAUUAAAAAUUUAAAAAGAGCCCCCUGGUGGUAGAACAUUUAUUAUGAGAGUGCAGCUUCUUCAGAAUCUUUCAGCCCGCCCCAAGCCAGCCUCUCUCUCUCUCUCUCUCUCUCUCCUGCUUCGUAAUGAAAGUGAAAGACACUUCCUCAUAGAGACAGGACAAGAAAGAAGCAGUUCCGAGAAUCUACAAAGAUCAUCAAUCAUGAAAAGACACAUCUCGGACCAGACAGCAGAGCCAGAUGGAUUUACAAAAGAGAACCUCAAAGGAACCUCAGCAGCAGAAAAACCAAACUCACCUGCUCCCAGCUGUGUGUCCAUGAAGAGUGAUGCGUCCAUGGGUGUUGAUAUCGAUUUCAGCCGAGGGGAAAAGAGCAGUGGAAAAAGGUCUGAAAGUGAAAGACACUUCCUCAUAGAGACAGGACAAGAAAGAAGCAGCUCCGAGAAUCUACAAAGAUCAUCAAUCAUGAAAAGACACGUCUCGGGCCAGACAGCAGAGCCAGAUGGAUUUACAAAGCGGCUCAAAGGAACCUCAGCUGCAGAAAGACCAAACUCACCUGCUCCCAGCUGUGUGUCCAUGAAGAGUGAUGCGUCCAUGGGUGUUGAUAUCGAUUUCAGCCGAGGGGAAAAGAGCAGUGGAAAAAGGUCUGAAAGUGAAAGACACUUCCUCAUAGAGACAGGACAAGAAAGAAGCAGCUCCGAGAAUCUACAAAGAUCAGCAGAAAGACCGAACUCACCUGCUCCCACCUGUCUGUCCAUGAAGAGUGAUGCGUCCAUGGAUUUUCUUUACCAGUUCAGCCAAGGGAAAAACAGCAGUGGAAAAAGUGUCGAGAUAGAAACACCACACUCACCGUCACCUAGCUAUGUCUCUGUGGAGAGUGAAAAGUCAGUAGAACUCAACCAGGACGAUGGGGAAGCUUUUCUACGUUUGCACCCGUCAGCCACUGUAUCGGCGACGUACCCACCACAAGAGCCGAAACUCUGCCUGCAGCACCGCAUGCCUCGGGAAAUUUACUGCAAGACAGAUGAGACCCUGACGUGUAAACAGUGUGCAACUGUGGAGCAUCGAGGACACGACAAGUGCUACACACAGGGCGCUAGGGCCCUGCUGGAGCUGGACCCGUUGUCUUUACUUGAGCAAACACUGAACCAUGUAGACACAAAAAACUUCAUGUGGUAUCUUUGCCAAAAUUACCCAGAAUGCUUUGAGACUCCUCAGGUGAAUUGUGAUAUCCAGGAGGCAUCUAAACUCAUUCUGGAGAGAUUUGGCUCAGAUGCAGCUCCAAAGAUUGCGCUAAAGGUCAUGUUGGAGUUAGCGAAAAGUCAUAAGACCAUCCAAGAUCAUGUCAGAUCUAACCUAAAGGGUCAGCUUAGAUUUAAAUUCCAGAGCAUACGUGAAGGAAAUGCUCAGCAGGGGAACCUGAUUCUUCUAAACGACAUCUUCACCGAGCUUCUCAUUACGGAAGGAGGAGGGGAUGGAGCUGUCAAUAAAGAACAUGAGAUCAGACAGAUCGAGGAUGCGUGCAAGAACAAGGGAAUGGAAGAGAUUGUGAUCAAAUGCAACGAUAUCUUUCAAGCUUUACCCGGACAGAACAAACGCAUUCGGACCGUGCUAACCAAGGGCAUCGCUGGGAUCGGGAAAACUGUGUCUGUACAGAAAUUCAUCUUGGACUGGGCAGAAGGAAAUGCGAACCAGGAUAUCCAUUACAUCUUCCCACUUCCUUUCCGCGAUCUGAAUUUGAAGGGAAAUGAUGAGUAUAGUGUGAUGCAGCUUCUUCAUCUGUACUUUCCAGAACUUAAAGAACUCAAAACUCUAAGGAGCGAGGAAGUGAAAACCGUGUUCAUCUUUGACGGCCUGGACGAGUGUCGACUUCCCCUGGAUUUCACGAACAACGAAAUGUGCUGCGACCUGACAAAGAAAAUCUCGGUGGAUGUCCUGCUAACAAACCUCAUUCAGGGAAAUAUACUUCCCUCUGCUCUUCUCUGGGUUACCUCUCGACCAGCAGCGGCCAAUCGGAUCCCUCCCGAGUGCGUUGACCAGGUUACCGAGGUCCGAGGCUUUAACGACUCGGAGAAAGAGGUGUACUUCAAAAAGAGGUUCGAUGAUCAAGGCCUCGCUGACAAAAUCAUUAAACACAUAAAGUCUUCAAGGAGCCUCCACAUUAUGUGCCAUAUCCCUGUCUUCUGCUGGAUAUCUGCCACGGUUCUGGACAAGAUGUUGGACGAAUCAGACACGGAAGUACCUAAAACUCUGACCCAGAUGUACACCCACUUUCUUCUCAUCCAGACACAUUUGAAAAACAAGAAAUACCACGGAUUGAUUCAGGACAACAUGGACCUGCCCGAAUCUGAUAAAGAGAUGAUCUUCAAACUGGCCAAGCUAGCGUUUCUGCAGUUGAAGAAAGAAAAUCUGAUUUUCUACGAAAAUGAUUUGAUCGAAUGCGACAUCGACGUUAGCAAAGCGACCGAGUACUCUGCAAUCUGCACAGAAAUUUUCAAAGAGGAGUCCGGAUUGUACCGAGAGAAGGUCUUCUGCUUUGUACAUCUGAGCAUUCAGGAGCACUUAGCUGCUGUCUAUGUGCAUCUUCAAUUUACAGACAGCCACAUAAACGUACUCCAAGAAGACACCGAGAAUCAGAGUGACACGGUAAAGAUGUCAGAUUUGCACAAGAACGCUGUGGACAGAGCGUUGAAGAGCGAGAACGGACACUUUGACCUUUUCCUGCGCUUUCUUCUCGGCCUCUCGCUCGACUCCAAUCGGGCUCUUUUGAGAAGCGUGCUCCCGAACCCGUGUUUGGAGAGUUUGGAAGAAACAGUGGACUACAUCAAGGAGAAGAUCAGAAAGGAGUCGUCGGCAGAAAGGACUAUCAACCUGUUCCACUGUCUGAAUGAACUGCAUUACAACUCGUUGGUGGAAGAAAUCCGUAGUUUCCUGAGAUCAGGCACGCAGUCAGAGACGGAGCUUAAACCGGACCAGUGCUCAGCUUUGGCCUAUGUGCUGCUAACGUCAGAGGAGGUGAUGAAUGAAUUUGACUUGAAGAUGUGUAAAACGUCUCCUGAGGGAUAUCGGAGACUGUUACCAGUUGUCAAGACUUCGAGACGAGCCAGUCUUGCUGGCGUCAACCUCACAGACGAAUCCUGUGAGACCCUGGCUUCCAUUCUCCAGUCUGCUAACUCACACCUGGUAGAACUGGACCUCAGCUUUAACAGUUUGGGAGAUUUAGGAGUGAAACUUCUCUGUAGCGGCCUCUCAAAUCCACACAGCAAACUGGAGAAGCUGACUCUCAGUCACAACGAGCUCGAACAUAUAGGAGUGAAGCUGCUGUGCGACUGUCUGAUGAGUCCACACUGUAAACUGCAGACUCUCGGAUUGGCUGGCACAAACUUCGCAGAACAAUCUUGCGAAUUAAUGGCCUCAGUUUUCCAAUCUGCUAACUCGCACCUGAAGGAGCUCGACCUCGGCUGCAAUAAAGAGUUAAAAGACUCCGGAGUGAAGCUUCUCUCUGCUGGACUGAUUAGUCUGCAGUGUAAACUGGAGAAACUCAGGUUGGACAGAUGUGACCUCAGCCAUGAAUCAUGUGAAGCCUUGAAAACGGUUCUUCAGUCACCCAACUCGCGCUUGAGACAGCUGGAUCUCAGCUACAACAAGCUAGGAGACUCUGGAGUGCAACAGCUCUGUGAGGGACUAACACAUCCAAACUGUAAACUGGAGUUACUGGAUCUGAGCUACAACAACCUCGGCCACUCCGGAGUAAAACUUCUCUCUACUGGACUGAUGGAUCCAGACUGUAAACUCAAGAGUAUAAGACUUGCUGAUGUCGGCAUCCCAGAUGAGACGUGUGAAACUCUGGCCUUGGCUCUACAGUCAAAAAAUCCAUACCUCAGAGAGCUCGAUCUCAGCAACAAUUACAUUGGAGAUUCAGGAGUGGAACUGCUCUGUGCUGGAUUAUCCAGCCCAAACUGCUUCCUCGAAAAUCUCAGUCUGCGAUGGUGUAAUCUCACAGAGGGGUCCUGUUCAAACCUGGCCUCGGUUCUGAGUUCCCACACUCGUUUGACAGAACUGGAGCUGAGAGACAACGAUGUGCAAGAUUCAGGGCUGAAGCUGCUUUGCGCUGGUCUUCAGGAUCCAGGAUGCUCACUGCAGAAACUGGGUCUUUCAGGGUGUUGUGUUACAGAAGACGGCUGCUCCACUCUAGUUUCAGCUUUAAGCUCAGAUCACUCACAGCUCAGAGAGCUCGACCUCAGCUACAAUCAUCCGGGAGAGUCAGGAGUGAGACAGCUGUCUGCUGUACGAGAUAAUCCACGCUUUAACCUGGAGAAACUGAGUGUGGACCACUGUGGCGAGUGCAGGAUCAAACCCGGACUAAAGAAAUACGCCUGUGAGAUCACCCUGGAUCCAAACACUGCACACAGAACUAUGACUCUGAGUGGUGACAAAAAGGUGACAAGGACUCGAAGUCAGUAUUCGUACCCGGACCAUCCGGAUCGGUUUGAGUAUUACGCCCAGAUUUUGUGCAGAGAGUCCCUGAGAGAUGCUCGCUUCUACUGGGAAACGGAGUGGACCGGCAAUAACAUUUACAAUGGUGUAACGUACAAAGGUAUCAACAGAAAAGGUCGCAGCAAUGACUGCAAACUGGGGAUGAAUAAUAUAUCCUGGAUUCUGUUCUGUUCUAACAACUAUGGUUAUUACGCUGGUUACAAUAACAAGGAGACAGUGGUAUCUCCUCCACCCAAUCCCUCCAGAAGAAUGGGUAUCUAUUUAGACUGGCAGGCUGGUACACUCUCCUAUUUUAUCAUCUCUGCUGAUAGGGUGUAUCACACGUACACAUUUCACACAACAUUCACUGAGGCCCUGUAUCCAGGAUUCCGGGUCGACGACACAGUAACACUGUGUGAGCUGGAAUAAAAAAAAGAACAUUCACUUUAAGGAAAUUACUGUAAGGUGGAGAUGUCAGGAAUUUAGUCAGAGGUUUUAAAGGAAGUAAUAAUACACUGUGUGUUGUACUGAAAUCAUUCUACGUAUGUGUAU